AUUUAAAAGUGUUGUUUAUAUCUUUUCCUCCAUAAAUAAUUUCUUUGAACGAAACUCAGUUCGGCGACGGGCCGGCCCACAAACGGAACAAGCCAGUUCGGACAGUCCAAUCCGGUAAACCCAGUUCCGGACCAACUCGGUCACUGGCCACUGGGACCAGUUCGGAACUGCCGACCCUCUGUUCCGGUAGGCCCGUACCUAUCCGUUGCCAAUCUUAAGAUGAAACACAAUUCCUAUGUUACUCUAAAAUUUCCCAAAUAAAGUAGGAGUAAUUUUUUUGAGUUUUCCAUGGUCAAACAUUACUUUAAAACUCUGCUUCUCCCACCAACUAUGAAAAUCGAAACAGGAACAAAUUAAGGACCUAUUCAAGCCCUUCCGCAACUGAAACGGAUAUAAAGGGACUAGUAAGUUUUUCUUCAUAUUAUUGAAGGUCAUUUCUUCAAUAGGGAUUAUUAAGAAGCGAAAAUGAUCCAAUCGUACUUUUUGUCUUUGUACCAAUUGAGUUAUUCUUAGUCAUGUUAUUGUCAUUCUAUAAGCAACACAUCAUGCACUGUACUUCACCAUCCCAACCCUAUUAGGGCUCGUUUGGUAGAUGGAUAAGGAAAGGGAUAACUAAUUUUCAGUUUAAUUUUAGCAUGAGUUUAUUCCCUGCUUGGUUGGGAUAAAAUUGUGAGGUAACUUAUCCUGGCCUUGUAGUGUUAUUUUUAUCCCACAUUGAUGGUGAGAUAACAAUCCCGGGAUAACUUGUUUCCCAAGGGUUUAUUGUAAAUUGAUGAGAGGAUUUAGGAAAGGGUCGAACUGCAAAGGUUUAUUGUACGCAACCUUACCUUGCAUUUCUACAAGAGAUUGUUUCCAUGGCUUGAACCCGUGACCUCCAUGUCCAAGCAAUCAAAUUCCUACAUUUUCUGCUUCGGGAGUCUUCAAACCUCAGCUCACCAGCGACGGCUAGCAGCAGUAAAUGGAGUCAAAUAAGAGCAAAAUACUGAUAAUUGGAGUAACAGGCCGUCUGGGUUUUGAACUGGCGAAGGCCAGCCUCAAUUCCUUUCAUCCCACUUUGGGACUUGUCAGAGACUCAGCAUUCUCUGACCCAAAUAAAUCCCAAAAGCUUCAUACCCUUUCCGCAGCUGGCCUCACAUUAAUCAAGGGUUCAUUGCAAGAUGAAGAUAUCCUGCUUAAAGCACUCAAGCAAGUUGAUAUCGUGAUUUGUGCCGUUUCAUCUAAGCAAGUCCAUGAACAAAAGAUUCUGAUUUCUGCUAUCAGGCGUGCUGGUUGCAUUAAGCGGUUCCUCCCUUCAGAGUUUGGGGCAGAUCCUGACAGAACUCAAGUUUCUGAUUUGGACCACAACUUCUACUCAAGAAAAUCUGAGAUUAGGCGUAUCAUUGAAGCUGAAGGCAUUCCUUACACCUAUGUGUGUUGCAACUUCUUUACAAGUAUUCUCCUACCGUCACUUGUUCAACCAGGUUUGAAAGCCCCUCCAAGAGAUGAAGUCAGCAUAUUUGGCGAGGGAACUGCUAAAGCUGUCUUUAUUAAGGAAAAUGAUGUUGCUGCCUUUGCCAUAAAUACAGCGGAUGAUGCACGUACUCUGAACAAAGCGAUAUACCUGAGGCCAAAGGGAAAUGUAUAUUCAAUGAAUGAGCUGGUAGGGAUUUGGGAAGGAAAAAUCGGGAAGACACUAAAAAAAACUUACAUCUCUGAAGAUGAACUCCUGAAGAAAAUCAGAGAAAUCCCAUACCCUGAGAAUAUGGAGUUGGUUUUCAUAUACUCUGUGUUUGUUAAAGGAGAUCAAACAUACUUUAGCAUCGAGUCUUCUGGUGGUUUGGAAGGGACGCAGCUAUAUCCACAAAUAACAUACACCACAGUAAGCGAAUUUCUGGACACUUUGUUGUAAUAUUUGUUGCAUAUACUUGUCUGACCAAAGAAGUGUUUUUCUUCCUAUAAACUUAGAGAUGCACUAUAUUCCUGCCUGGUGCAAUUACUUGACAUGCAAUUUUCCAGGAUUUGACUCGUAAAGGCGCUCUUCUUUUGUGGAAAAACAAUAUCGAAUUCCAUGAUGUACUUUGUUGAAUUGCGCAUUUUAUUUAUCUUAUCUUAUUUUGAUAAAUAAAAUUACAUGUUUCCAUCA